CACUAACCAAUAACCACUCUCUCUCUCACAUCACCACUCUCACGCAUCACGUUUGAGUGUUUGACGUUUCCUCACUUUCCAAGCAACAUCCUCGCUCCUCUACCCCACUUUUCUCAUAUAAAACCACACCCCUCACCCCCUCACCCCCUCACCCUAAACCACAACCAUAACACAGUAACAACUUUCAAUUUUUCAGCCCCAACCAAAAAUAAAGAUAAAGAAAAAAAGGAAAACGCAACCUUCUGAUUAUAAAGCAUGGGUGUGGCCAUUGAAGAUGAAACGAAACCUAAGCCCAUCGUCAUCCGUGAGGUGUGGGCCUCCAAUUUGGAAUCCGAAUUUGAACUCAUCAGAGAAGUCAUCGAUAACUACCCCUUCAUUUCCAUGGACACGGAGUUCCCCGGAGUAAUCUUCCGUCCGCAGCCUACAGAUCCGUCCAACCCUUACCUCGGGCGACGCCUCAGCCCCUCCGAUCACUACCUCCUCCUCAAGUCCAACGUCGACGCACUCAACCUCAUCCAAGUUGGACUCACUCUCUCCGACGAGAACGGCAACCUACCGGACCUCGGCACCGGUAACCGCUAUAUCUGGGAGUUCAACUUCAGCGACUUUGAUCUGGCGCGUGAUGCACACGCUCCUGACUCAAUCGACCUGCUCCGCUGCCAGGGCAUCGAUUUCCGGCGCAACGCCGAAGACGGUGUGGAGUCAAGGCGGUUCGCGGAGCUGAUGAUGUCGUCGGGGAUGGUGUGCAACGACGCCGUGAGCUGGGUAACGUUCCACAGCGCUUACGAUUUCGGGUACUUGGUUAAGAUCUUGACCCGAAGGGCGUUACCAAACGGGUUGGAAGAGUUCUUGCGGGUUCUCAGGGUUUUCUUCGGUGAUAACGUUUACGAUGUGAAACACAUGAUGAGGUACUGUAAGGCUCUCUAUGGCGGUUUGGAUCGGGUCGCCCGAACCUUGAAUGUGGAUCGGGCCGUCGGUAAGUGCCACCAGGCCGGCUCUGAUAGCUUGCUGACGUGGCACGCGUUUCAGAGGAUGCGUGAUAUUUAUUUCGUCAAUGAUGGGGCCCAGAAGCACGCCGGCGUCUUGUUCGGCUUGGAAAUGCCUUGUUCAUAAUUCAAACAAAAUGAACAUUGUUAUUUAUUUAUUUAUAUAAAAAUAAAAAAUAUAUUCCAUUGAUUGUUUUA